GGAGCUCCACGGAAGCAGCGCAGUGCACAUGUGCAAAUCAGUCACUGGGCUUUUGGGGGACAAACCUGAAAACUUUUCAGCUUCUGUCUCCUGCUUUGGACUCUCUGCCAGCCUGACCAAAAAUGGGAAGUGGAGAUCUUGAUGUUCCUCAACGCCAUAGUCAUGCUGAAGAACAGGCGGAGUAGUACAAAACUAACACCCCUAUCAUCUAUCAUUGCCUGGCUUCAGUCACAUGAAAAUGAAUCCUGCUGUUAUCUUCCUUCUUUUAGUGAUCGUUGAGUACAGUGCAUCAGAAAACACAGGUGUCCUCUAUCCGUAUGGAGCUCCACUGGACAAAGAAACCAUGAAAGCAGAUGAUGGAGCAUCCAGUGCGAUUACAGCCACAGUCCCUGUUUUCGGGAAGCAGUAUUUAUCUAUAUAUGUGAACAACAAUGGCCUCCUGUCAUUCGAUGUGCUUCUUAAUAACACAUUUAUACAACGUUUCCCCUUUGCUGAUGGAACCUUACUGGCGCCAUUUUGGGCUGAUGUGAAUAAUGAAAUAUCCGGGAACAUAUACUACAGGAUGAGCCAAAAUUCCAGCCUGAUAACCCAGAAUGCAAAUGACCUGGCAUCGUAUUUCCCAGGAAUUAGCUACACGCCAAAGUGGGUUCUGGUAGCAACCUGGGAUAAAGUUGCAUUUUACAAAUCAGCGACAAACAGGGUGAACACGUUUCAGGCUGUCCUGAGCUCUGAUGAAACCAUGACCUUUGUCAUGUACAACUAUGCUGAGAUCGAGUGGACAACAGGGACUAAUCAAGGUGGAAACUCCGAAGGACUUAGCGAUGGUGAUGGCAGUAUUCCAGCUUUGGCUGGAGGUAAUAAUGGUGCAACAAUCAGUUACUUCGAGAUACCUGGGUCCUUAACAUCCGCUAUAAUUAAUAUAACCACCACCAGUAAUGUUGAAGUUCCUGGACGAUGGGUAUUCAGAGUAGACGAGUCAAAAGUCAUCUCUCCCAAUGUAAUCAGCACUAAAGUUAACCAACCUUCAUAUCCUUGGAUGAUCCACUGGAAUAAGACUCUAAAGGACAAUGAAUAUAUCAUCCUGGUAAAACAGACCAACUUACAUGUCCUCAAAGCCUCCCAUAUUGUUGGUUCCACCAUGGAGCAGGGUUAA